AUGGCAGAGGUUGAAGAGAAACCCUCAAAUAGCGAACAAAAGGAACCUAGUUCAAAUAAUUUAUUAUAUAGUAAAACCACGUUGUUCGUUCGCAGGAUACCUUAUGAUGCCACAAAUAGUGAAUUCGAAACCUUUUUUUCUGAAAUAGGACCACUUCGAUCUUGUUUUCUUGUAAAAGAUAAAGAACCCAAUGUUCCUUUAGCAGACAAUUCGAUUAAUCAUGAUGAUUCGAUCGUUUCUCCUAUUAACGAUAAUAAAGAGAUGGUUCCUACACAAGAAAUACAAAAGAAUGACAAAAAUAAGGGUUUUGGUUUUGUCCAAUUUGUCCUGACUCAAGAUGCUGAAAAGGCUUUAAAAGAAUUAAAGAAAGUGAAAUUUAGAGGGAAAAGUACCUUGAAAAUGGAAUAUGCUAUUAAAAAACAUGAAAAGCUUCCUGAGCAUAAUCAAAAAGUCAUAAAAAGAAAAUUCUCGUUGGAUGAAAAUAUUAGCAAAAAGAAAUUAGUAAAAAAAGAAUCAAAAGGAUUCAUUGAAAAAGUUGACAAUAAUAAUGUUAGAACCAUUGUAUUAAAAGGGUUAGCUAAAGAUUUAACUAGGAAAAAAAUUUAUAAAAAAGUUAGAAAAUUUGGCGAUAUUCAAGAUAUGAAAUUUCCUAAUGGUGAAGAUUCUACUGAUAUCGGUUAG